CAGACUAGGAGGAGCGAUCAUUCGUCGUCGACCCGCCAAACAGGCAUAACGUCGUCAACAGCCAGAGACCGGAGCGUGGCGCGAUCGCUUGAGAAAAUAUCUACGUUUUUCUCUUAGUGUUUGGUAUUUUGUUUAUAUUUUUCUACCCUUGCGUGUUAUAUUAACGCCAAAUUGAUAAUUAACAGUUAACAAGCGCGCGUUCAACGUCUGCGUGUGCAACAAAACAACAUUGAAUGUCAAAUUAGUGUCACAUAAGAGCAAGACAAUAUUUGUUGAAGUCAAUAGAAGAUUUUUGCUGUUGUUAAAUUCAAAUGCCGGUUGAUGGGACAAAGCCCAUAUAAAAUGCUAUUUAAAAAAUAUCCACCACACAACAUAAAAUCAAUUUAAAAUAAACCAACCAAGCACCUCACUGCUCCACACAUUUUGUGCUGUAAUGAAGUGAACGACACGCAUCAGACGCGUGAUCAGUGCCUGUGUAGAUAAAGAAAAGUCAAAAGAAAAAUCGGUGAAAAAGAAAUAAUAAUAAAAUGGUGCUCCUCAGUUAGCGACUCUACACUACACUACACUCUUGUGAUAAUACAUAUUAAUAAAAAAAAAUAAAAGAAAACCAGUUCCUGUAAAGUCAAACAACUACUGCUCUUUGCCGCCGCCCUUGCCUAGGAAUUUCAUUUUUCUAUGCACCACCAAAGUUCGUGUAACCCAGAAUACCAAGCAACCAGUCAAAGUUGUCAUUGCUUCAAUGCACCUUGAGGCGAAAAUAUUUUUCCUCUAAAGAAGCAACAAAACACAAACUAAGCAAAAGAGAAAACAAAACAUUCUCCUCUGAACUGUGAUUAGCCAACAAAGCAAUUUUAUAGCCGUCUUCCUAAACGUACCUACCUUUAAUUUGAAAAAGGUUGUAUGUUUCAGCGUGUGUGUGUGUGUGUGUGUGUGUGUGUGUAUGUAUGCUGAUUGUUUUGAGUGAGUGCUGAGGGUGAUAAGUAAUCUUUAGCCCAAAGGCAAUAAUAACAUCACAAGUCAAAUACCGAAACUAAUGAUCCAGCUUAUUGUGUGACAAUUAUCAUCGGUGUGACCGUACGACCUGUACUGCGCUGUGCUGCCUGCCUGCUUGGACUUAGGCUAAUUUGUCCGAAGCGAAGAGAAUUUACGUCGUAUACUGCUACCAUAUCAAGCUAAGGCAUCACCAUGAUUUCCCACAGUCCACCCAUCUUUAGCCAUAGUCCGCCUGUCAGUUUCCUAGCAGACUUCAUGAAUAAUCGUCAGAGUUUAAAUUGUAAUGAUGAACACAAUCGAGCAUCACGCUUUUGUCGCCCUCCGGUUAUAACAUUGGCCUCCAAGGCCAUGGUAAAUAACGCCCAUCAACGUGUAGCUAGUCCCAGUUUCGGUGGUCCCACAUCGAAUAGUGCCAACAAUCGUCCGAAUUCCAAUACAAAUAGUUAUAGUACAACAAAUAUCAUGCCAGAAAUGGGUCGUCGUCUAGGACGAAUGAAUUCGACACCACUUAUGUCGACCAUGCCUAAGUCAUGUUUGCGCCGUAAAUCCUGCCUUCAUAAAUCCUCACAGGAAACUGUUGAAAUUACAGAUAAGGACACCAAUACGAAUGAAACACCGCAGUGCGAAACAAACAAAAGCCAUCCCCGUAAGAAAGUGAUUUUCGCCGAUGAUGAGGGCCUUUCGCUUACACAAGUUCGUGUCAUGUCGGAACCAUCGAAUGUGCCGCCAUAUUGGAGUGUGAAAUUUUUAGAACAAAUCACUCAGGGUCUGGUAACACCCCAUCCAGCCGAUCAAUGGACGGUUGAUUUUAAACAACCCGCAUCGGACUAUUUAGUUUUUAGGCAAACCAUCGAACGUGAUUUUGUAUCUCUGGAAAAUGUCAUUGUUAAAGAUGAAGAGUCCAUUGUUGUGGGCACUGUAAAAGUUAAAAAUAUUUCAUUCACUAAGGAGGUAAUCGUACGCGUAACCUGGGACGAUUGGAAGAGUCAACAGGACAUAUUCUGCACCUACAAUCGUGCUUAUGGCCCGGCAACUUCGGCUCAUGUUGUAUUCGAUACAUUUUCUUUUAAAAUCACAUUGCCCCCAUCUUCGAGCCGCUUGGAGUUCUGCAUAUGUUUCCGAGCUGAUGGUAACGAAUUUUGGGACAACAAUGGUGGCAAGAACUACACUAUUUCCAAGCGUUCACCCUUUUACUACAAUGCGCUUUCGCCGUAUGAUAAAAAUAACUCAUCGUCCUUACGCAAUUCCUCUUCUUGCCAAAGCCAAGUAAGAUCCGCAUUGACUGCAGCUCUGGCCAAUAAAUCAACUCUAGAUACUACUCAAAGUUGGCAAAAUGAACCAAGUCCCUAUUGGUAAAGCGGUACACAGAAAAUGGCAAUAACACUUUAAAAUGUUAUGAAAAACAACACUAUAUAGAAAAACAACUGUACGAUUAAAGCUUUAGAUAUUCUGAAAGGACUUUGAAGUUUUAGUCCUUCGAGCUUUAGAGCGGUUCAUACGUCCCGUUAAACUUAAGAGUAUGCUGCAAUAAGAGAAUACUUUGUGUGUUUAUUCAAAACGUAAGAGGGGCUAAGUAGCCAUAAAGAAAAUUAGGAUAGAUCUAAGGUGUUUUAAGGACAUCACCUGCCACAAAAAAAUGUCUUUCAAAGAUACAAGCAAGACUUUAAAUGUCAUCGAAGUUGAUCACAUAACUCGAUUCUUUAAGAAAUCUAGCACAAACCAUUGCCCUUGUGGCUCUAUGGAAUCGAAAAUCAUAGAAUGCUUUCAUUUGUCUGAAACAUUUGAUGCUUGAUUUCGGACUCUGCAAAACAGAUUUCAAACUUAGAAAAGAAAAAAAAACGAAAACUAUAGAUUUUCUUUUUUAAUACCAGAUUCAACAACAUAAUAAGCAUAACUAUUAUGCUCAAGAAAUUCUUCUUUAUACUUGGCCAUGAAAACUAUUGCACAAGCUUUCUCCACAGGUCAUCCACAACAAUUUUACCAUAAGGAUUAUUUGGAGGUGUUCUUAUGUCCUGUCUUAUGCAGCUUUGUAAUUCGAUAUUUAGUGGUGCUAUUGAACAUUUUCAGUUGAACAGUUUUUUAUGAUAAAAUGUUGACCAUUGAAAUAUACCGUUACAACUUGGAAAUGUUAAAAAGUAUAUGUCGUGUCGUUUUACAACUGUACUAUAGCACCAAACACUGAAUAAUCCUUUAUAUUCCAUAACACAACUAAAUUCACCAACACCUCAUCACUUCAACGAACGACUUCGUGUGCCCGGAUAUCAGAAUCAACCGGAUUUAUAGUAAAAUAAGUGUCUGGUUGCGAUGUAUCAACGAACGAAGUACAUUCGUUUACGUGAAAAUCGUGUAUUUUGCAAGUAGCUGACAACAAUGUGUGUUGUUUUUUCGGGUACUUAUCAUUCAUAUGCCCAAACGGAGCGGAACUACUUUGCAGAGAAGUUUAACACAGCAUCAGUGAGAGGAUAACCACCGCUUAUAAUUUUUUCUGGCAUUCUCGCAAGUAUUCACAUGCAGACGUUUAGCAUAAGAUGAGGAUAUAGUUACCUCUGCGCCACGGUGGCCUCCCGCAUUGAGCUUAAAAUUCAAUUGGCCAGCCCUCAUUGAUAUGAGAGAAGUAUUCUGGCUGUUCUUUAAUGGUAGACUUUUAGCGGUUAAUUUAUCAGAAACUAUUGUCCAUGUAAAGUGUUGUGGUGAAAGCAAAGCCCUGUGUUCAAUAUUCAUAAGCUCUGUUAAGUAAAGGUUUAUAUUUCUAUGGGACAUUUGAUCACUUGAUGUCUGAAUAUUUGGGUAUUGAGGAAAACUACAGAUAUAUCUGGUUUUCCAAUAAGGACUUGACAUCUUUUUUUUAAUAAAACGGAAACCAUUUGAGAUAUUUCAAAAACUU